GAGAGCUUGAGAACUGCAUCAGUCGAUAUUUCAAGAUGGCCGCCGGAAGAUGAAAUGAGCGCGAGGUUUUUGCGGUCAAACUGAACUAUUUGGCGUUGCAUUCUUUACUUAGCCAUGUCAAGGCUUCAGUAUCCGUAGCUUUCCUGUCGAGACUACACGUUUCAACGUUCUGUGAACAACUGUAACCGGAAGGACGAUAUUUGGCUUACAACUCCGCAAAAACCUUCCAAGUGGUCACGUCACAACAGAGUCACGAGAUAUUGUCAACACACUAGUCUGUAAACACUUCGGUUUUGGGGCAGCCAGGGACAGAAGAGGACGGCUCUUUAGGUUUUCAGGUUGACGUGGUACACUUUGGAGAGAUGACAGAUGCUCUCUCGGAACCAGUAUAGUCGUAUAGGACAGGACGAGGAGGGGGACAUCACCAAGCCUCUCUUCGGGGAGUCCAAACCACAGGAGCGAGUUAUCCACUGGGUCCUGGGCUUCCUCACAUUUCUGUUUGUUGGAGUGACUUUGGUCAGUGCCUUCAUCUUCCCAAAAUGGCCGCCGCAGCCCAUCAACCUGUACUUCGGUGUGUGUGUCAUCCUCACAUGCAUCUCCAACAUCAUCCUGAUCUUCUGGUACAGGAAGGGAGACAUCGACCCCAAGUUUAGGACCCUGAUCUACUAUAACGCCUUUGUGAUCCUGGUUCUGUGUGUGUGCGCAAACCUGUACUUCCACGGGGUGAAGUAACAUAGCACCUCUACCCUACAGGGUACGAUGAAGAGAAUAUUGUAUAGGGUGUUCGCACGUGGUGUCAUGGCCACCAUGCUUGUUGAUUAAAACUGCUCACACCAGUAUAUAUCGACAGAAUGUACUGCACCUGCACAAAACCCAGAUUUUUCAUGGUUUUCAUUGGAUGUUAGGUCUGAACGUUGCAUCAAAAUUUUGCGACACAACAUUUGAAAACUAUAGAUGGGACAUUAUCCUUAAGUAACUCAAAUACACCUUAAAAAAACGUGCACAAUACAUUAGAGGUUUUGUGCCAGUGCAGUACAUUCUGCUGACAUGCUGCAAAUUGGUUGUCUUCACAGUAUACUUCAAGUACAACACUUUUAGUCAUUUGUUUAGAAUUUAAUUCUGUUUCUUGUAUUAUAGUAAAAAUCAGCACUACAUCUUUGUCUGUGGACUGUGGAAUCAGAUAUUUCCUUGUAUAUGAAAUUCAAUAUGAAAUAGUUAAUAUGAAUGGUUUAAAAACUGACUCCUAGGACAUAUAAGUAAUAUUUCUUCUCAGGCCCACUUGAAAUGUACAGAAAACAGGCAUUUUAGCUUCAGAAAUGGUAUUUUGUUGCCAUGUGGAAAAAAAGUUGUAUUGGUUUCACUACUUAAAAGUUUUUUUAUUAUUUUUGCUGAGGCUUAUAGUACUUACAGCAUGGACAGUGCUUUUGUGUAUGUAAAUUUUGUUAGUAAUUUAUUUGUUGCUGCUGACUGAAGAUGAUGCAUUUUAUGUACAGUGGGACAUUAAUUAGUUAGCUAAUUCCAUUCAUUAGACAACUCAGAACUAAAUGCUAUGCUAAAAAUACCCAUAGCAGUGAUAGAUUUAUUUAUACUCCUAUUAUAGAUAUUAACAAUUUAGGGAUAUUCCACUAAUUAGGUUUUGGGUUAGCAGCUCUCUAAUCUUUACUUCAGUAAGCAGGUUCAGGGUUCCAACUGUGCAUACAUGAGGUCAAAGGUAAGGAAAGGCCCCUUACUUGUAAAAGUCGUUGUCUAGACCAUGCUUCAUACUAAUCUAAAAUCCAAUCCGAAGAUGGCUAUAGUUCAUAGACACUCCAUUCCAUUGGCCAAUGGAUACUGCCUUGGCACUGUAGGAUCUGCUUGGAGAUUAGCUAGAUACCAUGUCCAGUUGUGUUCUGUUGAUGUCUCAUUGGCCUUCAACUUGGACAUACAUAUAUUACCCACGGUGCAUCACACCACCUUCUGCUGGAACCCUGAACCUGCUUAUUAUCCAUCAAAAUGGCCGCCUCUUGAUUUUAUGUGCUACACAUGUAUAACAAAACUGGCAGAAAUGUACAUUAUCUACAUGUAGGUGGGAUAGGUUAGAUGUUUGACUUAUAAAAGGAGAAAGUAUGUGUGAUGGUAUUGGUUCUGCACUGACUUUAAUCAAGUAUAAUUUGACGAUAUGUACAAAAUAGACAUUAUACUAGUAUAUCCUUUUGAGACGUGUGAAUUUUUAGGCUUUGACCAACAUUUGGUUGCUACCAUGCAUGCUACUUUUUUCUGUACAUUGCCUGAAACACAUUCCAUCAUCUGGCUUUGACUUCUUUGCAGAAUUUAUGUUAGCAUGAAGCAUGAGUUGUAAAUUAAUACAAUUAGACUGGUUACAUGAAGACAUUUUGCUUGAGUUGUAUUGGUUGUUAAAUUAUUGAUUGAAUUCAGCAUUGUUUAGUAAGUUAUUGAUUUAAGUUAGCACCAUUUUUUUAUAGCUAAACAGAAAUGUAAGAGAAUGUUUAAGCAAGAGUGGUGUUUGAUUUUUGUGUGGUCAAACUACAGUUUAACUGUUUGGAAUUGCCACCUUGUGUACUUAAAUAUGCUGUAACCUGUUAAAAAUUAAAAUGUUUUCACAAGUU